CUCGCGGCCCUCGCGCCCUCGCGGUCAGUUAGUCAGUCAGUCGGACGUUUGCUAUCCGAUACGGUUAACGCGCGGCGCACUCGUCAACGGAAUCAGUGCCGCCGCAUCGAUGCGCACCGGCGUUACUUCGCGAAGGGGAGCAGGCGAGAGAUUAGUGCCGCGGCUUCGACGACGGCGAAGAAAGAGAGCAGCGAGAGAGGAGGAGAAGGCGCGCUAUACCUAUGCGUAAAACAUUGGUGCGAGUGCCAGAACCGAGUACGAAAGAGUAACCAGCUGAUAAACGGCGAAGAAGAAGAAAGAGGAGGAGGAGGAGGAGAAGGAGGAGGAGAAGAAGAAGAAGAAGAAAAGGAAAGGAACACGCGUCGCGUCGCGAGAGACCGAGAGUCGCCAAUAUGCAUUUUCACAGUGGUCUGACGUUGCCGAUUCUAUUCAUCAUCGCUUCCUGCCCUCUAGCAUUACACGCGCGGAAGGUCGCACCCUUGAUAGAGGACGACUGGGCGAGAAGACCUCACCGGGCCGCCGAAUGCACUUUUGGCAAGCAGAUCCGCGAACUAGGUUCCGUAUGGUUUGCGGAUUUAGGACCGCCUUUUGGAAUCAUGUAUUGUAUCAAAUGCGAGUGUAUACCGGUGCAAAAGAAACGACGGAUCAUCGCGAGAGUCCAAUGUCGCAAUAUAAAGAACGAGUGUCCCAAACUCACGUGCGACGAACCAGUUUUACUACCGGGUCGAUGCUGCAAAUCCUGUCCCGGUGACUUGAACACAGACAUAGUGCAAGAUUUACCGGCGCAGUUAACUUCGGAAGAAGAGGAGCGAAGCUUGAAACAUUUCGGCACCCUAUUAACCGGCAGAACGUCACAAUCUCUGCGUCGUGACAAUUUGAAUCCAACAUCGUACAACAGCGCGUACAACUAUUUGGCAACCGGUCGUUUCAGCUUCCAACGCAAAAAUCUCUACUAUUCGUUUUAUCUGUCCGCAUCGACGCCUCGACCGCGUAGCAUACAGUUUAUCGAUGGAUCCGGCAGCAUUCUCGAAGAACAGGUGAUGGAUCCAAUCGGUGGCACCUAUCAAAAUGCUACUGGCAAACUUUGCGGCGUAUGGAGGCGUAUGCCGCGCGACUAUCGUAAAUUAUUGCGAGAGGAACGUCUGCAUGUUUCCUUCAUCUGGGAACCCUCGUCAAGUCUGACCGGUCAGGUAUCUCGAUACCGCGCAUUAUCGAGCGAACAGUUCUCCUCGCUAUUAGAACCGACGAUGGGCGUCGAUCGAUCAUUGAUGUCCGGCGCAGGCGCGACGGCGAUUGUAUCCGCCUCAUCCGCUUCGACACCAUCGAUCCAUGUAUCGCUCGUCUUCAACGGUCUCUUCCUGCCAAACGAUGUGAUCGACGUUCCGCUGAUCGUUCAGCUAGAACACCAGGAGAAGGAUUACGUGGUCCUUAGUGAGGAGAUAGUCGUGAAAAAGCCGUCCAACGAAUUGAACUUCGGCGAGAUUCGUAGCGCCCUUUCCGGAACUGAUCUCCGUUUGUUAACUCGUGGCAAGUUGUCGAUUAGUAUAAUGUCUCGUAAGGAUCCGCAGGCUCUUCGACUGGCUGGCACGGUUGGUCCGCGCGCAACUUGCGAUAUAUAUCAGACAUUACUAUUGUCCGAGACACCGUCCGCGGCGUCCGGAUUGGCUUGGGCCUUUCUGGAUCGUAUCGGAGCGCUACGUUACGGAGUUCAAUUGAUAGGACUCGAGGAGGAGAGUCCCCUGGUGACAUUAGUGGACGAGGGAGGGAAACGGAGAACGGAACUCGAGGACUUGACGCCCUCAUUGGUCAACGGUCUCGCAAACGGUUCCUUGGAUCGGCCCGGGCCGAGACUCUUGCAGCCGCUCUUCAACGAGGAACUCUCUGUAGUCGCUGCGAGUCAUCUCGGCUCCAUGUUGCGCGGCAGACUCUUGGAAAGACCUGUGGCAGAUGCUAGAGACACCGCCGCGCCCGUAUUACUGCGGAGAUCGACUAAAGAACCGACGUAUCCUGGACCGGUCGGUCUGAUAUGGACCGCGGUAGACCUGGAUUGUUCUCUACAUUAUGAACUAGAGCUCGCUGGUUUUCCUUCCUCUUCUCAAGAACCACAGACGUUCCGUUUGUAUCUGGAGACAAUGCCUCUACUGGCGCAAGGUGCUCCCGUUGCCAGGAGGCUCCUCGAAGAAUUUACGGGAUACUCUCUAGAGGGUUCAGUUACCGGACUGUCACCGAUGGAGCUCUACAGAAUCGAAUCGGGUAUCGGUUUUCUCGAAGUGACAGAUAAACAGGUUACUCACAUCUUGAAGGCUCCCUUCAAGGCUAGAGCGCCGUUUAGCUGUUUGCCGCACUAUGCCGACAAUGACAUUGCCUCUGUGGUGGCGUACAAUCUGCAGCCACCCAGAUCGGAUAUCGAGACUGGCGCGUGCUUUCACGAGACCAGAUUCUACGAGGAGGGCACACAAUGGACAUCGAGCGCGGAUCCUUGUUCGAUGUGUCAUUGCUAUCGCGGCUUGGCACGAUGUGAUGCAAUGCCUUGUCCGACAGUCUCUUGCCCACUGGGAAAGCAGCUUAAGCAACCAUUGUCUGGUCAUUGCUGUCCGAUAUGCGUUGCACUGGUGACUGUCGAAACUAAUACAACAAUCAAAAGCAAUAUGACGAGAGGUUGUACAUUGGCUGGACAAUAUCAUCUCGCAGGAUCAUCUUGGCAUCCGUAUUUACCACCAGUAGGAUUCGAUAUUUGUGCGAUUUGUGUUUGUGACGCUGUCACGCUGGAGGUGAAAUGCCCGCGGGUGCAGUGCCCGCCGCUCGAGUGCGACGAGAAGAUCGCCUUCAGGCCGGAUAAGAAGGCUUGUUGCAGGCAGUGCCCGGUAACGACGCCUCGUAGCAACAUAACUACCACCACUUUAAGCGACGUCGCGCAUCUACCGAGAGAUCAGGCUUUACCUUCGACGCGGCGCACCACGGAAGAGAUACUCUCUUCUGGUGGCUGCAAAUAUCCUCUCGGUGGACCCUAUGAGAAUGGCGUGGAAUGGCAUCCCCGAGUGCAUUCCCACGGUGAGAUGAAGUGCGUCAAGUGUCGUUGCAAAAAUAGCGAGGUCAGGUGCGACAGGAAGCGCUGUCCACGAUCACUUUGUAAUUCGAUCGCACAUCAGAUGAAACGUGGCGAAUAUGUGGCGGACGUCGAUGAUUGUUGCACAGCGCAAUGUCGCCGGGCGAGACGUCAUCACCGCAACAACCAUCAUUCGGCAUCGCGGCAUUCUGUGACGCCUCGUGAGCUAAGCUGAGCUGAGCUGAGUCUGAUCGUCUUGCGAAAAAUCUGCUCUGGUCUACGAAAAACCUUGCCAUGUGCCGUGCCAUCAUCGUCGGGUGAUGAUAAAACCAGUCGUCGAUCGUUCGUGCCGCCACUUGUCUGUCGCGCGUGUCACGAGCGACCGAGGAGAGCCUUCCAAGCGAAAAGAAAUCAAACAUACUUUUACAUAUGCGUAUAUCAAGAUUGUGAGAUUAGAAAUGGAUUAGAAAUAUAUCCGAGAAAAGCUGAUUUUUACAAGUGGUAAUGCGAAAAAGAUUGACGAACGAAUUUAUUCCGUUGGGAAUAUAUGUAACUCGCAUUCGACUGGGCGGAAAACGAUGCGCGAAUCUUGUCGCAGAAUUUCGUAAGGCUCGAUGAGAAGAGAAAAUAAGUAAUCAACAAUGGCGUAUACAUUGCUCAAAAUUUAUUGUCGGUGAUAAAGUCAGCGAACGCGUAUACAAAUAAUACUCGUACGUUUGCAGAAGAUUAAGAAAACACUAGUGUAAUAAGAGGAAGAACGUGGUUGACAUGAUAUCGGAUGCUAUUCUUAUCCGCGACGCCCGUCCGCUCGGUCGUUUGCUCUAAAGCCUCCAACGCCCGCAGUCAAACGCUUAUUAAUCAAUUGAUCCUCAUCAACGGGUAAAAUGGAACGAGAGCGCCCUUCUCUUCGUAAAGAAGGACAUUACGAUAAACGUUAAGAAAUAUGCGAAAAUGAAGGGUGAAAAUUCGGACAGGAACGAGUUUUUCAUCACGUCGUUAUUACAGUGCCUACUGUACCCAUUAAUCUCUUCGAGUUACCCAGCAACCAAAGAAGACUGAAAAACCUCCGAUGGCGGCAUCAGUUUAUUACGCGAUUUCUAAUGUUUACUAAUAACUAAAACUCAUUAUUAUUAUCAUUAUUUCUAUUAUUAAUAGUAUUAUUAUUGCUAUUGCUUAUACUAUAAUUUUACUAUCAUUAUAUAAUUGGCAUAAUUAUAAUCGCUAUAUAUCUGCUGCUAUUUCAUUUUUCUUAUUGUUUAUCGAUUUUAUCUUUGCCGAUUGUUACGAUCAAAUCUAAAUUAUCGCUGAUAAGAGUGUAUUAUUUAUAGAGUGCAUUGCAUACUCAUAUCGUAUGAACCAUUUGACUAACAAUAAAAAAAACAUGGUAACAUUACUCUAUGAUACAGUAAAAUAUUUGUCAAUGAUAGCAGUCAUUGCUGUAAGUAUAUUUAUAAUAUUUAAGUUGUAUUUAUUAUUAUUAUUAGAAAUAAUUUUUUCUUCAAUCGGAUCACAUCGGAUCCUAGGAUAAAUGAAUUAAUUUUGACAUAUCUUUAACAAUCGCCGAUUAAUUAUUAAUGCGCAUUGUCUGUGAGACACAAAAAUAAAUAUAAUGUAUGUAAUACAUAUUAAUCAACGUCAAAAAUGUUUUCCUUUAUAAGGUUCUCGGUCACACACAAUUUAAAAAUAAUAUCUCAUUGGUUACAAUUGGGUCGGGAGCCAUCUUCUAAUAAUUUUUUUAAAACUUUUAAGCAGCAAUUUUUUUAACGAUGUAUUGAUAUAUACAAAAGAUUCAUCAUAUAUUUAUUUUUUAUGUAUUAUUAUAUGUAUUUUUGUAGGGUAUAAAAGAUCUAUAAUCUUUAUUCAAUUAUAGCUACGCUUAAGCAUAGCUUAAAGCUUAAGCGGCUAAAUGAUAGAAAUACGGAUAUCGUUAAUAUUAGGAACUAUUUAAGAGCUCUUAAGUCGAGCUAAAAAAUUCAAAAUAUAUCGAUUUAAAACCUCUUAAAUAGCAUCUAAUGUUGCUACUAAACCGAAUCCAAUCGGCAAAGAAACAUAAUUCAAUUCAAUAAAUAUGGCAAAUGUCGCUUCAGAGCGACAAUCUGACAAUGAAUCUAGCAGCCAACAAGACAACUUGUAUAUACAAGUUCCGAUAUUGCAACUGAAAACUUUAGAAGCAAAUUGCGUUUUUACGUUGCGUUUAUCAAUGUUACAAUUAUAGCUUACUGGUUCACUUGUUAUUUAACUUUACUAUUUAACAUAGUGUGUGUCUCGUGUAAAGUUGACAAUGGCCUAGUUUACACAGAUAUACUUAAUACGUACUAAGUACUACAUUGGCCAAUCAUAGUCAUUCCUUGAAAGAAUGGAACGACUGUGAUUGGACAGUAUAGUAUUUAGUACAUAAUAAAGUAUAUCGGUGUAAACUAAGCCAUUAACUCACCAUUUGUCAUACGUGCCUUACUUAUGAUAUGAAUACAUAAUAGUCAGCUGACAUUAACGCCAUAUUGUAUAUUCGAAUAUUUUGUACAUAGUAUACAAUGAAAUGGCUAAUAUUAUUUUAACGAUAAAUCAGCAUUAUAUAUGAUAAUUAUUAUUAAUAUUAUUUAUACAUUAUUGUAUAAUUCUUUUAGCGCCAUCCAGAGUUUUCUAUAUUGUAUUUCUGUUUAUUAUUGAUUUAUUAUAUUGUCAUGAUUAUUUAAAGUCAUUCUCAUGUGCAAGUUAUUGGUUUUUUUGAUGAGUUGAUAUUAAUUAUUUGAUAAACAAAUUGCUAUUAUUUUGACAAGCUUUAUGCACACAUGAUGCUGUAUUAAAAACAAUGCUUUUUUUAAAUUUAAAUUUAGUUGUCAAUGUAUCUAUAAUGCUUGUUGGAAACGAAAAAAUUUAUUGUCUCUAUCUUCCUUUAAUUAUAAAUUUAGUUAACAAAAGACUAGAAAGGAAAGCUGUGUGUGCGCGCGCGCUCGCACACGCAUACACACGAGUGUUACAUCGCAUAAAAGUGUACCGUUGCUUAUUGUUAGCGUAAAGUUUGCAAAAAAAUAUGGGCGAAAAGCGGAUAUUAUUAUUAGAGGUGAUUAUUGCGGUCUAGCAUCGUACAUGUAUACAAAAUUUAUUUUACGCCAAUAAUUAUCCGCAAUAAUUACAAUGACAAGAUGUAAUGUCGCGAUACGAUGCCUAUAGUGUCUGUAACGUGAAAUCAUCAGUAAAAAAAUAUAGAUGUAGGAGGAAGUAUAGACUGUGCAUAUAUUUUAUAUUAUCUAUUAAGCCCGUAUCAGAUUACGCAUUAAAAAUUUAAGAUUAAAGAAUGGAAUUUGACUAUUUGGAACAAAAGAAACUAAAAUUUCUUUGUCCCGAUUGGUCAUAUUUCAAUCUUGAAUCUUCAAUGCGUAGUCUGAUACGAGCUUUAGCAAUUCGUGCGCCAAAAUUAGAAAAAGAACGCAAUGUCUCAAAAGUAUAUGUUUAUCUCUUUUUAAUAAGAGAGAAAUUGUUCCCAUAGUAACCUAUAUAGUAGUCUUAUGUUUGAAAGAGAAAAACCAGGUUUGUGAGACGCGUUCUUUUUCUAAUUUUGGCGCAACAUUGUUCGAUACGCGCACAUUUCCUACAUCUAUGAUAAGAAAGGACAAAAUUGUAUCCAUGCGUUCAAAUACAAUGUCCGUUUGAUAUGUUUUUUAAGAUAUUCUUCAAUUUAUAUAAUAUACGAACGGGGUAAGCAAAAUUACCGUUACGGUUAUACUUUUUUAUAUAAUGCAAUAAAAUAUCAACGAAAUAUUUCUGCGACAAGGUAGAGGCUGCUGAGAAAUGUAUGCGAAGUGCACUUUAAGAAUUUUAUGAAAAAUGUAAAUCGAUAUUCUGUAUUGUGCCAAAACAAUUUAUUAAUUAAAAAAAUGUCGAUUAUUAUUAUUACUA